AUGUCCCUUGUUCAGGCCAUGGGCACACGUGUCCUUUUAGACCUGACCAAGAACACACUUGGCGGUGGGGCGGUUAUAUCAUCGUGCAGCCAGAGCUGUGCGUCCUGUCCUAGUGCCGGUUCAUGUGGCGCGACCAGCGGCUACGGAGGCUUUGGAAGCGACAAUGGAGUGACAUUCACGACUCAGACAACUUCAGGCACAAACACAGGUAUUACUGCAGGUACACUGGGUGCUGCUGUCGUACACCAGAGUGGCCAAAUGACCGUCAACGAUGCACAGCAAGGCAAUAACUGUAACAUAGGUCAAGAAUUUCUUCCCGUGCAGGAUAUUAAGGCAAGACCUUUAGACUAUUCGCGGACGAAGAAAGGCCCCUUUGACUUUUUGGCAGGAAGGGGGUCUUUCCGGCACCAUUCACAAGAACAGCCAAGACAUGAAGCAACCUCUUCUCAAUCAGGAGACGUCGUUGCAGACGUGCUCAGAGACCUGGGGCUGCUCUAG